CGUCCUCCUCGUCAACUUGACCUUCACCAUCACGUGUGGGUAUCAGAGCGCGUGCCCAGCUUCGAGUGCAACACCCCGACACAGGACCGACGUAAGUGGCCUGGACAGUCAGCAGAACAGAGGCCGAUCGCAAGAUUGUGCACAGCAGGACUAGAGGACAGAACGAGUGAAAGCCAAGUGGCGCGAUUGCCAUCCAGCCAAGGGCUUCUGUCGCCGUCGUCGUCAUCAUCGUCGCCAUCCACCAGCAUUCAUUAUUGUGGAGCUGCCUUUAAUUCUAGCAGACACUUCGAUACGAUCCGCACAGAGGCAUUACUAAUUUGCCAGAAACAGCCGACAACACAAUGGUCAACACUCCACCGCCACCGAACCCCGCGCCUGGGGGCGAUGCGACGACGAGCGUGCAGGCCGACGCGCUCAAGGGCUCCGAGGACGUGAGCAGCAUCCUCGCCAACCUGAGCGCCGAGCAGCUAGCCAGCAUCAUGGAUGCCGCGCGAGCCUCAGGAGGAGCCGGCACGAGUGAUGCCACAUCGGGUGUCGACACAACGGCCAUUCUCGCCUCGCUGCCCCCUGGCUUGGGACAGGCCGCGUCGGCCCUGACGUCGUUUGCGUCUUCCUUCAAGCGAGGCAACAACCAGGGCCAGGAGCGCGAGGGCGCGGAGGCGUCGGGUGCCGACGGCGAAGGGGAGCAGCGCGCUGCGGCAGACGGAGACACAAAGGACAUCAAGCAGUCAGACUCGCAGCAGCAACAACAACAGCAGGACCAGCAGCAGCAGUCGUACGACGAGCAGCACGGCCAGCAUGACCACCAGCAGUCGCAGCAGGAGCACCAGCACCAGCAGCACGACGAGCAGCACGACCAGCACCAUCACCAGCAGCAACAGCAGCAGCAGCAGCACCUCCAGUCGCAGUCGGUGGACCGAUACGGCGAUGCGACGGCCGCUGCACUAGCAGCCAUGGAGUCGCUCGCGGCCCAAGGAGGGCUCUCUACUCCCAUGAACCACCGUCAAGGGCGCCAGAAGCGGGAUUUGGGCCCUGAAGCUGAGCGAAUGCGCAAGGACAACCACAAAGAAGUCGAGCGCAAGCGUCGAGAGCAGAUCUCGUCGGGCAUCAAUGAGCUGGCGGCGAUUGUGCCCUCGAGCGAGACAUCGAGCAGCAGAACGACAAACAAGACGGCUAUCAUCAACAGCGCUGUUGAUUACAUCCAGCGCCUCAAGAACAACGAGGCAGACAACAUCGAAAAGUGGACGCUGGAGAAGCUGCUCAUGGACCAGGCCGUCAAGGACCUCAACCAGCAGCUCGAGGAUGCCAAGAAGGAAAUCUCCCGUCUCCGAGCCCAGCUCGGUUUGCCCGAAGAGGUAGCCCCGCCUCCGCAGCACCAGCAGGGCGAGGAGCAGCACCAGCACCAGCAAUACGACGAGCAGCAACACCACCAGCAGCAACAGCACGACGUCGAUCCUCGCCUGAACGACGGCGCAGACCGGCAGGGUUCGGCGCUCAACGAAGUAGCCGCCGCUGCUGCCGCCGCAGCUCUCGAUGCCCGCUCGCAGCAGGAGGCCGCUGCGACGGUGUAUGGCGAAGAUGACAGCGCGCGCAAGUCGCGUGCCCGGAGCCGUUCCCAGGUCGAGGCAGCCGAAGGCGGGGACAAGAAGGCCGCCGGCGAUGAUAGCAGCGCGGCCACUGGCGGACGUGCAAAGCGGUCUCGUCAGGCGUGAUGCCUCGGCUCUACUCUCCCUUUGUUGUACCGGUACUUGAUGACUCACUCCUCCGUCUCUGUCUUUCUUUCUGUCUCUUCCGGCUCUUGUGUUGUAUGUUUAACAGGGACUGCCACUCCGGGGCAGAAUCUCACUGUGGAUAAUUGAUCAUCGAUCACACUGAAGUCGUCUUCCCCCUUUCCACUUCCCCUACACAUCCG